CUCUCUCUCGCUCCAUCCUCAGCUUCACUGUAUCUUUGCUCAUCAGCUCUAUAGUGUAGCUUGUCUUCCUCUCUCUCUCUCUGAUUCUGCAUCUUUGCGUCCCCUCUCCUCCUUCUCUCAAUUGACUUGCUUGAUUCAGACUUGAUGAAUUGUUGAGCAACUAAAGCAACAUGAUCAGGGUGCAUACUUCUCUGGAUUCUCGAGCAAAACAUAGCUAGCUCGGUCUUUUUUGGUUCAGGAUUUGGCUUACAGUGGUAAGAUAAGGGGGCCCAUCCGUGAAGGGCUUUCCCGAAUUCAUCUCUCCGUUAGCGUGAUUCCUCCAAAGUGGCGAAGAUGAGUUUAAGUGCGGCUGAGGACGAUUCGGCUUCAGAAAUUCAUAUCCCGGCAGAGAUAGACUGGCACAUGCUUGACAAAUCCAAAUUCUUCUUCUUAGGCGCCGCCUUAUUUUCUGGCGUAUCUACAGCGCUUUAUCCUAUUAUUGUGCUGAAAACCCGCCAGCAGGUUUGUUCGUCUCAGAUUUCUUGUUUCCAGAUGUCUUUUUCCAUCAUGCGCUACGAAGGCUUUCGAGGGUUUUACAAAGGUUUUGGUACCUCCUUGACUGGAACAAUCCCUGCACGAGCACUUUACAUGGGUGCACUUGAAGUUACCAAGAGCAAUGUUGGCUCAGCUAUUGCCGGUUUGGGGUUUUCAGAUACCACCGCCACCGCCAUAGGUAAUGCAGCUGCGGGAGUGAGUUCUGCCAUGGCGGCACAAUUAGUUUGGACCCCAAUUGAUGUUGUGAGUCAAAGACUCAUGGUUAGUGGUAGCAAGAACAUGCUUUCCAGUGUUCGUUGUGGGAAUUACAGGAAUGGUUUUGAUGCCUUCAGAAAAAUUCUUGGCACCGAUGGACUGCGAGGUUUAUACAGAGGAUUUGGUAUUUCAAUAUUGACUUAUGCACCAUCUAAUGCUGUGUGGUGGACUUCUUACUCAAUGGUCCAUAGGUUCAUCUGGGGUGCUUUUGGAUGCCAUAUGGGCAAGAAGGAUGAUAGCAAAUUGGCCAAUGGGUAUGGUUUUAGACCUGAUUCGAAGGCUAUGGUUGCAGUUCAAGGGUUAAGUGCAGUUGUGGCUAGUGGGGUUUCAGCUAUUAUAACUAUGCCACUUGACACGAUUAAGACAAGGUUACAGGUGUUGGAUGCAGAGGAGAAUGGACGAAGGAAGCCAUUAACAGCUUUGCAGACUGUUAGGAACCUGGUGAAGGAAGGUGGCUUCAUUGCUUGUUACAGAGGACUGGGGCCAAGAUGGGCUUCAAUGUGCAUGUCUGCUACAACCAUGAUUACCACCUACGAGUUUUUGAAACGAAUGUCUGCCAAGAGGCAAGAGAAUUUAUCUGCAUAAUGUCUUGAAGCAGGAGAAAGAUUCUAUAGGAAUUAGGAUCUGUCUUUUCAUUACAUCUGUCGGGCUCUCCUGACGUUUUUUAAGCUUGUAAUAGCCUGCCUCAUGGCCAAUAUGUCGUGAUUGUAUAUUCAUCAUCUUUCAUUUUCUCCUAUAUCUACCAAAGAAAAUAACUCUAGUUUCCGUUGUUUGUU